UACUCCCUUCUAGGUCACUGGGCGGCUGGCCCCGGCAGGCAAGGGUUAAUCUGCUCCAGCUCCCUCGCACCGCAGACGUCACCAGGGCUCGAGCAGAAGAGGAGGGGGCGCAUGGGGGGGCUUGUGAGCCCGCGCGAAGGAGCUGCACCAACCCCAGCCCCGGCGCCGCGUCCCCCCGGAGCCCAGCCCGCCGCCGCCGCCGCCGCCGCCGCGCGCCGGCGCCGUCAGCCGGCCCAUCUGCGAGCUGGGAGCAGCAGCAGCCGCGGCGGCAGCAUUAGCAGCAGCAGGACCCCCGCCGUCCAACCUGCGCCUUGGCCUCGUCCAUGACCUCCGUGCAAAGUUUCACCAAGGACAUUGCUCUCCUGCUCAGACACCUGAGACAGGCCGCCUGAAGGGAACUGCUGACUUGGCCAGGAGCAUCUGGAAGCCUCCCUCCCCCAAUUUCUCUCCCCCUUCCUCGCUGCAGGAUCCUCCCAGCUGAUGAAGCAUCUCACGAUCCACAUAGGACUCUAGGACUCCUUGCUGUAGACAUUACCCAGACACCAUAAACAGAGGUCUGCCGCCAUGGGCAACCUGAUCAAAGUGCUGGGUAAAGAUUUAGAAAACUGUCCUCAUUUCUUCCUGGAUUUUGAAAGUGUGUCACAUGGGGAAUCUUCUUAAAGUGUUGACUUAUAAUGAGCAUGACCAAGGCCCUAAUUUUUUCCUUGACUUUGAACAUGCUCAGCCCACGGAAGCCGAGACUGCUGUCUGGAACCAGGUGAACGCUGUUCUGGAGGAGGCCCAGACCAUCCUGGCAGAACUGAAGUCCUACACUGGUGCUGGCCAAGAGAUCCGAGAGGCGAUCCAGAACCCCAGUGACCAGCAGCUUCAAGAAAAGGCCUGGCGUGCUGUGUGUCCUCUUGUGGCGAAGCUGAAACGGUUUUAUGAGUUUUCUCUUAGGCUUGAGAAUGCCUUGCGGAGCUUGCUGGAGGCCCUGACCAGCCCUCCCUAUGCCCCCACCCAGCACUUGGAGAGAGAGCAGGCCUUAGCCAAGCAGUUUGCAGAAAUCCUGCACUUCACCCUCAGCUUUGAUGAGCUCAAGAUGACCAAUCCUGCCAUUCAGAAUGAUUUUAGCUACUACAGAAGAACCAUCAGCCGAAAUCGAAUCAACAAUUUGCAACUGGAUGCAGAGAGCGAGGUCAACAAUGAGAUGGCCAACCGGAUGUCUCUCUUCUACGCCGAGGCUACCCCAAUGCUGAAAACUCUGAGCAGUGCCACGACCAAGUUUGUUUCAGAGAACAAAACUCUCCCAAUAGAGGACACGACUGACUGCCUGAGCACCAUGGCCUGUGUCUGCCGAGUGAUGCUGGAAACUCCGGAAUAUCGCAGCAGGUUCACUAACACUGAGACCCUCCUCUUCUGCAUGCGGGUGAUGGUAGGGGUCAUCAUUCUCUAUGACCACGUCCACCCAGUGGGGGCAUUCGCUAAGACCUCCAAAAUAGACAUGAAAGGAUGCAUCAAGGUUUUGAAAGAGCAGCCCUCCAACAGUACAGAAGGCCUUCUCAAUGCUCUGAGGUAUGGCAGCUCCAAAGGUGCUCCCGUGCCCACCGGAGGUCCAGUGUGGCUCUUGACCAGGCACUUUGGGUGCUGGAACUGCAGGUGGUCAGCCAUUGCCCUUCUGGGAAGCUUCAUGAGAAUAGCAGGGGAGAACUUUCACGGGAUGAAAUUGGGAAGAAUACAGAACAGAGAUGUUUGACUGGGAGAGAUUAACUGUGUAGAAGUACUACCUAUCUGAUUAGGUAGAAAACUAUUCUUGUUUUGCCCAAAUAUGAAUAAAUAUUCCCACUUCCCAGGAAAUGAAGCUUUCUUAAGGUAAGAGUUGGUCUGGGUCCUGGCUUCUCCCCACUCCAUCCAGUGGAUGCUUUGGUGCCACAAAUGAUUUACAGUUCAAUUCAACAGGAACCUGUUAGCUUUGUUUCUCCUCACUUCUAUCACAGGAAAGACCUUUUCCUGAAGGCCUCUGAUGGUGAAACAGAGGCCGGGGUGCACUGUACGCAUCAAUCCGGAGCUCGGUUCUCAGCUGUAGAGGCCUUUCCUGAAGGCCUCUGAUGGCGAAACGGAGGCCAGGGGGGCGCCGUGCAUGAGCGGUGGCAAGUGGCCGCUGAAGAAGUGGGCUGGCGAGGCAGGUGUCGGGGCAUGGGAGGCCUGGGUGCAACGGUAAAUGGAUGUGGGGCAUGUGGGGCAGCUCCACCCUCCCACCCCCACCUUAGCUUGAUUUU